CCCAAGAAAGCAGGAGACCCCCUCCAGAUCCAGCAGAGAGCUACUCCCCAGCUGGGGAAAGCGGAGACUUCCUCCGUAUUCAGAAGACAGUGACCUCCCUACGGUACGGCUAAGACUCCCCCUCUUCAAUCUGGGCCCCCCAGGACCUAGAACGCAGUGACCCCCUCGUCCGGGAUUGCUGGAACCCCCUGUCAAGAACCUGGUCAUUACAACUCCACACCUCAAGACACGAAGACCCAGCUCAGAACGCCCCUAGAUCAGGGGGUUCCUAGACCCUCCAAUUCUAGUACACAGGAACCCCAAAUCUAGGGAACCGAGGACAGCAAGAGCUAUCCCUCACCAGCAAGAGGCUUCGGGCCCCCCCCCUCAAAGCUCCGGGACCCAGGCGACUGAGCCCCUCGCGGCACCCUUCGCAUCCCAGCCCAUGGUUGAGGCGCCCUGAGCCCCCCCGGGCCGGGCUGACGGAAACCGAGACGGCGCCCAGGCCCCCUGCCGCGGCGUCCCCGCGGCCCCAGCCCAGGGAGAAGAUGAGCGUGGGCUGCCCGGAGCCCGAGCCGCCCCGCUCCCUGCCCUGCUGUGGGCCGGGGGCCGCCCCUGGACUGGGUGCAGGCCUGCCGCUGCUCACUGAGGACAUGCAGGCCCUGACCCUCCGCACGCUAGCGGCUAGCGAUGUCACCAAGCACUACGAACUCGUCCGGGAGCUGGGCAAGGGCACCUACGGGAAGGUCGACUUGGUGGCCUACAAGGGCACAGGCACGAAAAUGGCACUGAAGUUUGUGAACAAGAGCAAGACCAAGCUGAAGAACUUCCUGCGGGAGGUGAGCAUCACCAACAGCCUCUCCUCCAGCCCCUUCAUCAUCAAGGUCUUUGACGUGGUCUUUGAGACAGAGGACUGCUACGUCUUCGCCCAAGAGUACGCGCCCGCCGGGGACCUGUUCGACAUCAUCCCUCCUCAGGUGGGGCUCCCCGAGGACACGGUGAAGCGCUGCGUGCAGCAGCUGGGGCUGGCGCUGGACUUCAUGCACGGGCGGCAGCUGGUGCACCGCGACAUCAAGCCCGAGAACGUGCUGCUGUUCGACCGCGAGUGCCGCCGCGUGAAGCUGGCCGACUUCGGCAUGACGCGCCGCGUGGGCUGCCGCGUGAAGCGCGUCAGCGGCACCAUCCCGUACACGGCGCCCGAGGUGUGCCAGGCGGGCCGCGCCGACGGCUUCGCGGUGGACACGGGUGUGGACGUGUGGGCCUUCGGCGUGCUCAUCUUCUGCGUGCUCACCGGCAACUUCCCGUGGGAGGCGGCGUCGGGCGCGGACGCCUUCUUCGAGGAGUUCGUCCCUGGUCCUGGAGUAUGCCGCUGUGGGUGUGACGAUGGGGGUCCAUGGAAACGCAAGGGGGUUUACAAACUGCGGCGGCCCCAGGGCCUGGCCCCACGCUCCUCGGUGCGCCCGCCCUUCUCGAGCCCCAUCUCCAGUGGGCACUGGGGCCCUCCACAUGCCAGAGGCACAGAGAGGGGCAGCGACGGCCCAAUGCAGGAGCAGGACCAAAGGCCCGCUCCUUGGCCGUCGGGGCCCUGUGCUGCUGCCGCCACCCGCCACCUCUGCUAG